GUGAAAUAAACAGGAUGAUGAACAGGAUCAGAUGCUGGAAUGACUGAAUGAAGUCAGACUGGAGAUUUUCCUUCUUCUACCUGGAAUGACUGAACUUUGACCUCAUGUGUUCAUGACUCUUCACCUCUGUCUCCUCUCACAGGGAGAAGAUGAUCUGCAGGAUGCUGCUGCUCCUCAUCCUCAUCUCAUCUGUCUGUGCAGCAACAUUUGUAGUGAAUGUGACACAGAGCUCCUAUCAGGCAGAGGAGAACCACAACAUCACUCUGGAGUGGACCUUCACCACCAAACCUGACGUCUCCUGGAGGUUCCUGUUUAUCAUCUGUAACCUGAUAACUGAUCACAGAUUCUUCACCCUGUAUCAUGUCCAUGAAGGAGUUGAGGUACCAGAGUCUCAGGAUGAAAAGUUUGCAGGACGAGUCCAGAGUGACAAAGACGUCCUCAGAGAAGGACGAAUCAGACUUCAUGUGUCCAGACUCAGAACUAAUGAUUCUGGUCUGUAUGUGUGUGAUGUGAAGACAGAUUACGGCUUCAGCUCUGAAAAAUGUCAACUGAACGUUACCGCAGCUGCUGGUCAGGAUCAACUUCAGAGACCAACUGAGAAUCAACAACCAGACAAUCGAGGAAGAAUCGGCCUCUUUGCUGCACUGGGACUGAUAGCAGCAGCAGCAGCAGCAGCUCUGAUGAUCAAACUCAUCUCAGUAAUUUGUUUUAUUAAAUCUACUGAGGAUACGACAAACUUCAGAUCAGCUGUUUAACAGAAACCUGAAGUUCAGAGAGGAGUGUAUCUGAGUCUGAAAUCCUACAUGGGAAUCUUUGAAGAGUGAUGGUUCAAUGUAUCACACACUCAACUUCCACAUUUUGUUUAGUAUAAAUCAAAUCUUCCAUUACCUCAAUAAAUCUUUCCAUAAAGAAAUACAAAGA